AUGCCCUCCUCAGAAACAACCACAACCACAACUACGAUGAAAUUUCCAAUAUCACCCCGCAUCCUCUCCUUGCUAUUCACCUCGCUGUCCUCCCCUUCAUCAAAUAAUCUACCAACGCGCCAAUGGCACCUCCAUCGUAUCCUCCGCAGCGACAAUCCUGCUGACAUAAACGGCGAACUAAACGGAAUAGCGACUUUCCAUCCAUUGCAACCCACACCUUCCGAUGACAAACAUGACGGGACACAAGGCUCAUCCGCGUAUAGACAAAUAAUAUACAAGGAGGAAGGAGAAAUGCCGAGUAGUGUAAUGGGUAUGGCAGGAUUGAAGUGGACGAAAAAAUACAUUUGGCGGUUGAACGGUGCGAAUGCAUCUACAGAGCGAGAAGAAAAUAAUCCAGAAAUGGGUGGAAUUAGCGUCUGGUUCGUCAAGAUAAAACCCAGCGAGGAGAGAAAUGCCGACAGCCAAGACGAGCCAGAUUAUUUAUUCCAUGAAUUCGAUUUCAAUUACUCACAAGAGGCAAAAGAAGAGAAAGAAACAGACACCACAAAACCAAAAUUUGAUCCGCCAACACCUCCGCCGUUGAUUCUCCCUGCCCUCAGGGACAAAUAUCCAGAGACGACAGUGAUUCAAGCGACAGGGGAUCAUCUCUGUGUCAAGGAUAUGAUCGUACCGGAAACGGGGGAAGUGUUGAGUUGGGCUAGUAGACAUGUUGUCAAGGGGCCGAAGAAGAAUCAGGAUAUUUUGAAUCUAUAUUCAAUUCAAUAG